AUGAAAGGUUUACUAAUAUACACAUUUAUUUUUCUUUUAAAACAAUUGAUUGUCCGUUCAGAUGAAUAUGUUUGCGAUUUUAGGGCAAAAAAUUAUUUAUAUGACAAUCAGGAUAUGUCAUAUUGUACAAUUAAUGCAAAACCACUUGAUAAAAUUACAUAUAUAUGCCCAAAUAAAAUAGGAGCACAAUGCUUUCAUAAUGUAAACACAUCAAAUAACAUCGAAGCCCAUUUAGAAUCUUCCAAAAUUCACAUAGAUUACUUAUUAUAUGGAUCGAUAAUAUAUAAAAAUACUCUUGUUGUACCUCCAACAGUUCCAGAAAGUGUUACAUUCUAUUGCUUUUGUCGUUUAGAAACUGAUGUUCCAGAACAAAGUUUGAAACCACCAAAAUUUGAAGGAAUUGGUAAUCAUAAUGGAAGUAUAACAUUAGGAGAAAGUAUGAAGUUCGAUAAUCCUAUAUCAGAAGCUUUAUAUAAACGAAAUAUAUAUCUAAAUUUAAUGGAGAAAGGAGAUAUAGAAAACGGUUAUGAAACUAUAAUUGAAACGGAACCUGAGCCUGAGCCUGAGCCUGAGCCUGAACCUGAAUCUGAAACUGAAACUAAACCUAAAUCUGAACCAAACCCUAAGGAUAAGCCCAAACCUAAGAUUUUUAAAGUCAUAUAUAAGAUGAUUAAAGGCGAUAAGGUGAUUAAUCAAUCCCAAACUGAAACUGUUGAAGAAAAUCCUGAGACUCCUAGAGAAGAAUCUACGCCUGAGAUUGCUAAAGAAGAAUCUACGACUGAGACUACUAAAGAAAAAUCUACGCCUGAUAAUAUUGAACCCGUCAAAAAAAUAAAAUAUGGUGUAAUGAAAGUUACAGUUCAAAAAUCUUCUAAGGUAAUAAAAGGGUGUGAUUUUGAUAAUAAAUCUACUCAACAUUUUACUAACCCAUUGGCAAAUAGCGAAGAUUCAAAUACUAAAUUGUGUCAAAUAAAUGCAAAACCAGGAGAAAUUGUUGGCUUUAAAUGCACAAAAGAUCCACGUGGAUAUGUAGAACCUUAUGGAUGCUUCGAUAGUGUGUAUGUUAAUAAUUAUGUUACAAGUUUAAAAACUAUUCUUCCAGGGUACACAUCGUAUGGAAGUAUAACCGAUUCUACAAACACUUUUUACUUAAAAUUGCCUCACUUAAUAAACAAAUCAUAUACAUUUGAAUGUAAAUGUAUAUCAAAAAAUUACAGUACCGAUUCUUACAUUUUUCAAGUAAAUGUAGAAUCAGGAGAAAGUGAUUUAAUUAAAAAAUCUUUUAAUUAA